AGAAAUAAUCCCCUGUUUGUCUCUCUACAGAAGAGAGAGAGAGAGACAGAGAGAGAGACAGAGAGGAGAGAGAAUGGGUAAGGUAGUGGAGGGGAAGAAGAAGAAGGGGAGGCCAUCCCUAUUGGAUCUCCAGAAGCGGAGCCUGAAGGAGCAGGGCCAGGACCAGGGGCGGCCCAAUUCCGCCCCCAAGCCGCCGCAGAAUUACAGGGUUGCCACCCCCGCGCAGCUCCGCCGAUCCACCCGCCGGAACCCCGCCCCCGACGGAGCCUCCUCCCCUGACGAGCGCGACGGGGAGGACUCGUCGCCCGGGGGACGGCGCCGCGAGAAGAAGCUCAAGCUCGUCCUCAAGCUGCCGAAUUCGGGCUCCGGGGCCGGGGGCGGGCCGGAUUCCGGGGCCGAGGAGGAUGGCGACGAGGCGCAGAACCAGAGGAAGCGCAAGAUCGCGGCUAUUGGCGACGGAUCUGGAGCUGGCGUCAGCAGCGAGAAGGGGGAGAAGCUUACAAAAUCUGGAAAUGGCCAUCAAGCGGCUCAGCAGCUGGAUUCUGGCGUAUCAACUCCUUUGCCUGACAAAAAGUUGUUGCUUUUUAUCCUUGACAGGCUCCAAAAGAAGGACACGUAUGGGGUGUUCUCUGAACCAGUGGACCCCGAAGAACUACCAGACUACCAUGACAUCAUAGAGCACCCAAUGGAUUUUGGCACUGUGAGGAAGAAACUUGCUAGUGGAGAUUAUGCGAAGUUGGAGCAAUUUGAGAGUGAUGUUUUCUUAAUCUGCUCAAAUGCAAUGCAGUACAAUGCUCCGGACACAGUAUAUUUCCGACAGGCACGUUCCAUUCAAGAACUGGCGAGAAAGAACUUCGACAACUUAAGGCAGGACAGCGACGUAAAUGAACCGGAACCAAAAGUAGUCAGAAGAGGCAGACCACCGACAAAGCAUUUGAAGAGACCACCAGGAAGGCCACCUUUAGACCGUGCUGGUUCUUCAGAUGCCACCCUUGCUACUGGGGGAGAGAAUGCUGCAUCCACAAACUUUGAUCUGAGGAAAGGAUCUUUCUCUGCAGACAAAUCAGGUCUGAUGAAUUCAUCAGGACGGCUUCGAAAUAACGAUGUUUACGCAAGCUGGUUAUUGGAGAACAGAUUUGAGAGAAAUGAUGAAUAUGCAGGCGCCUCAUCAAAGGGCAGUCUGAUGAAGCUCGGGAAAAAACAAACUGUACCAGAUGAGAAUCGGCGUAACACAUAUAAACAGUACCAUCCUUCCACUUCGGGACGCGAGCCUACUGUUUUGGCCACCUUCAACCGGGAGAGGAAGCAGUUGAUGCCGGUUGGCUUACAAGCAGACCAUGGUUACGCAAGAAGCCUAGCUCGGUUUGCUGCAAAUCUGGGACCCGUAGCUUGGAAGGUUGCUUCGAGAAUGAUCGAAAGGUCUCUGCCUGCUGGCGUAAAAUUUGGUCCCGGGUGGGUUGGAGAUGAUGAUUACUUACCCCCAAGACAGUUCCAACUUGCUUCGCCCGGCUUAUCAUCCUUCUGGCCCUUCUCUAUUUCUGGAAGUUCAGGUUCUAAGGAUACAGAUCAUGCUACCCCCUGCCAACAAGAUAAUUCAGCAGAUAAGCCAGAGGGAGAACAUUCCAAUUCACCGGAGAAGCAUCCACCUUCAGUUCCCUCGAGCGAGCCUCUCCCUCCUCCCUCAAAGAACCGUCCUUGGCCUGUCUCUGGGGAUGAAGGAUCAAAGUCAAUAAGGCCUCCAUUUCAGAAUUAUACUAAUGGGUUCACGGGUCCUUUUGGGUACAAUAGUAAAAUCGCUGCAGCUCACAUGGGAAAGAUGAUUGGAGCUAGACCUUCUUCUGGGUUUCAUUUCCAUCCCCCGAGUUCAGUCGACGCAGAACCCAGUACAGAUACAAGUUCUCAUCAUCGAGGACCCACCGAUAGCAUAGAUCGGGAAGACCCCAAUACUUUGCACAAUAACUCAGGCCCUACAAGAUCAUUGCCACAGCAAAAACCAGAGCUGGUGGUGUCACAUCAGCAGAAGCAUGAAUCAGUGCCACCCGACCUUAAUAUCAGGUUCCAUUCUCCGGGGUCCCCUAAUUCUACUCGGGUGGAUCCGGCUCAGCCCGAUUUAGCAUUGCAACUAUGAGAAUAAUAAUGAUAGCAAUGAUUAUACAUAUUCUUUAUCUCUCUCUCUCUCUCUCUCUAUCUAUGUUAGGUAAGUCUAGUCAGUAGGAAUGGUCGCAGCUCCAUUGGGAUUGACGGAAGAUUUUUUUUUUUUUUUUUUACUUUGGAGCUGGCCAGAACCAACAGUUAACAAUGCAGGCACGAGUAGGGUUUCCAGUGUACAGAAUUGUGCCCUAAUUCUUAGGUGAAGAAAAGGGGGAAGAGAGGUUUCUUUCAUUUGUAACAUUUGGGGAGGCCAUAGUUUUUAGAAGCAGCGACAUCUGAUUAUUACGCUUUCAUGUAUUGCGAGAUUCCAUCUCCCUCCCAUUUGUAACAAUUCUUAGCUAUGAUGACGAAGAGUAGAAGAUCUGAUUGAGUUCAAUCGCUUCUCCUAUCCA